AUGAGCAGCCCGUUUUCGACGCCGCACGAGCGUCAAAUUCAUCGGACCCCGCAAGCGGACGACCCGCCACCGACAACGAGAUUUCCAGCGAUGUCGACGUCGUGUCCGGUCGAGACGGCCUAUGAGCUGAAAUUGCUGCGCGGCGAGGCGGUCAUUCGAGAAGACAAAAAUGUGAUGUAUAUUGGUCCGUUUGGCCGUGUGAAAGGCCGAAUUCUCGUGACAACCUAUCGAAUGACGUUCGUCGUCAAUGAUAAUCGAACGAUUUGCGAGGAAUACAAAUUGGACAUACCGCUCGGGCAGAUUGCGAAAAUCGAAAAAUUUGGAUACGCGAGCUCGAGCCGAAAAGACGAUAGCUAUGGAUUUCAGAUUUUGUGUAAAGAUUAUCGGACCUAUCGAUUCGCUUCGGACCCGUCGACGCACAGUCGACGCGAUAUUUGCGAGACAUUGAACAUUUAUGCGUUUCCGUUGAGCUAUAAGCUGAAGCUUUUCGCGUUCGCCUAUCGCGAUUCGAUGCCGAAGCCGUCGAUCGACGGCUGGAAAGUGUAUUCAGCGAUGGGCGAACUCGAACGAAUGGGCGUCGGCCAGUGCAAAUUCUGGCGAAUCAUCGACAUCAACAAAGAAUACAAGUUCGCCGAAACGUAUCCGUCGCUGUUGGCGAUUCCGACGGCGUCGGCCGACGAGGGCAACGCGUUCCUGAAAAAAAUCGGCGAGUUUCGGAGUCGUCAACGAAUUCCGGUGUUGAGCUGGUUCGAUCGCAAAACGCUGGCGACGAUCACGCGAAGCUCGCAGCCGUUGUGCGGUGUGACGGGACGAAAGAAUUUGGACGACGAGGCCCAUUUGCGGAAUAUUCGCGAGGCGAACGCGCACUGCUCGGAAUUGCAAAUCUACGACGCUCGGCCGAACGUGAACGCGACGGUGAACAAGGCGAAAGGCGGCGGCUACGAGGAGAACUACGAGUUGUCGAAAUUGACGUUCCUCGACAUCCACAACAUUCACGUCGUUCGCGAGUCGAUGAAAAAAUUUGUGCAGUUGUUGUCGUCGAGCGGCGUCGGCGUCGACGAGAAGCACGUCUACAAGAUGAUCGACGAGACGAAAUGGCUGAUGCACAUCGCCAGCAUUCUCGACGCGUCGGCUCGCAUCGUGCACAACAUCGCGACGAAUCGCCAAUCGGUGCUCGUGCACUGCUCGGAUGGUUGGGAUCGCACCGCGCAAUUGACGUCGUUGGCGAUGAUCCAAUUGGAUCGGUAUUAUCGCACCAUCGAGGGAUUCAUUGUGGUGAUUGAGAAGGAGUGGUGCAGUUUUGGGCACAAAUUCGCCCAGCGAUAUGGAUUUGCAGGGCACGGCGACGAGAACUCGUCGGACUCGGAGCGUUCGCCGGUGUUUCCGCAAUUCGUCGAGUGCGUCUGGCAAAUAAUGCAGCAGUUUCCGACGUGUUUCGAGUUCAACUCGCGAUUUUUGAUCGCCAUCCUCGACGAGAUGUACGCGUGUCGAUUCGGCACGUUCCUCUACAAUUCGGAGAAGGCGCGAAUCGCUGAAAAUAAAUGCCACGAGACCACAAUCUCGCUGUGGUCGUACAUCCUCGAGAAUCGGCAGCGUUUCGAGAAUCCGCUCUACAAAAAAGCCAAAAAUCACGGUGUGAUUAGUGUGAAUCCGUCGUAUUGCCGGCUGGAGAUUUGGACCGAAUAUUAUGCGCGAAGCAAUCCGCACGUCGUCACACCGCACGCCGAGAGCGUCCAACUGCUCGAAACACGCCCGUCAUGGAGCCAUUUGGAUUUUUUCGACGAGAUUCGAAACCUCGAGAAUAUUUUGUACGCCGGCGGCGAGGAUUCGUCGGACCACGACGACGACGACGACGACGACACCAAUUAA